CUUUAGCUCUGCGUGACAGUUGUAGAGAGGCAGAGAGCGAGUGUGUGUGCAGUACAGAGUUUGUGGGGGUUAACGCAAAAGCAAGCCAGACACACUGACACACUGGCAGCAGAGAAGGUAACUUUUCAGGAUGUUUGGGAAGAAAACAAGCACAAUCAAAGAUGAUUCCAAGACAAGCAAGUCACAGAUGAGUAACCUGACCUUGCUGAUUGCUCGCAUGCAAAACAAUGCAGACACCGUUGAGAAAGACAUACUGCGUGCAGAAGAGCUGUUGCUCAUUGAUGCUGACAAUGAAAAGAAAAACAAGACAUUAAUACAUCAGAAGGAGAAUGCCGACCUCCUAGGCCAGGCAGAGGGGCUCCUGAAAGACCUGUUUCUGGAUAUGGACAAAGCCAAGAAAAUGAAACACCCUCAAGCAAUAGAAAUAGAAAAUGAUGUAAGUCGUCUUCAUGAGCGCUGGCUGAAAGAUUGCUCCCUUUACCGAGAGCUGUAUGAGCAUUUGGGCAGUGUGAAACAACAGCCACGUAUUAACUGGGCUCAGGUGCUCAACCAGAAACAGAAAGAAGUAAGCAAAAUGGAGUACGGCCCCACUUUGCCUGACCUGAAGAAGCAGAUUGCAGCUCAUAACAUCCUCCAUAAGGAGGUUGAGUCUUACAACAACCAGCUGAGCCUUGGAUCCACCAGUUCUCAGGCGGAAUAUGAUGAUAUUAAGAAGCAAUAUGCUAACUUACUGGAUAAUUCAAAAUGGAGAAGUCACUACCUGAAUAGCCUGAAUGACUACAUGCAGGACUGUGAAAAGGAAGUAACAUACAUGAAGGAAGAGCAGAACAAGGUCAUUAAACGGGACUGGAGUGAUCAUAUGGGCGACCAUGCUGAUGUCCGUAGACAGUAUGAGAAUUUUAAAAAUAACAGUCUCCUGUCUCAUGAAAGUGAGGUCAAUAAACUACAGGAUGAUGGGGACCGACUAAUCGAGCUGAAACAUCCUGCCACUAGCAUUGUACAGACCCAGAGAGACGGUGUAAGAAAUGAAUGGCAGAAGUUUCUGAAUCUAUGCAUCUGUCAGGAAACACAUCUAGACAAUAUAGAGGAAUAUAAAAGGUACCAACUGGAUGCAGAUACCUUGUCUGAAUCUUUGUCCAAGCUCGGGUCCACUGUUGAUACCAAAGCAAUCAAUGGUAAAACCAACACUGAAAUUCAGAUGCAACUUGAGGCUGAAGAAAGGACUCUACAACGUAAUGAGCAGCUAUUGGCUGACCUGAGGAAGCGAAGCACCGCCAUUUCACCACUAAAACUUCGCCACACUGCUCCCAACAAAACUACCACUGUUGAGUCUUUGUGUGACUGGAAAACUCCCAAGGCAUCCUUGAACAGAGAAGAGUUGUUCAAUCUGAAGUCCAACACUGACAUUGACAACUGGGAGGUGCAGUCCAGUGAUGGGACAAGCAAAAAAUUUCCUGGAGUUUGCUUUGUGAUUCCUCCCCCUGACCCUGAUGCCAUUAACAGAGUUGACCUGCUGGGAAAAGAACUGGAAGAUUUAAAAAAAAGACGAGCUGCUUUGAGAGCUUCGCUGAACAAUCAGCCACAAAAGGCCUUCCUUUUACAGAAUCCAGUUCCUGCUCCAAGAGCUGAUGAGAACCCAAAAGCUGUAGAGCUGUCUGGCCGUCUAAACCAACUGGAUAAAGAUCUAGCUCAAGCUGAGAAUAACACCCUAAGCAGCCUAAGAGCACCACUAAACCGCACCGACCCUGCCACAGAUCUCACAAAUCGUCUGAAAGAGCAAGAGAAAACAGCAGCAGCCCUCCAGCAGUUAGAAAAGCAAAGGGCCACAGCCCAGAAGGACCUAGAACCUCUUCUCUCUCAGGACAUUAAUGGGCCAACCUUUUCUACUUUACCCCAAAAACUUAGUGAUGCCAAAAAUAAACAAGACAGUCUGGCGGCUCUAAAUGAUCUAUACAGAAAGAAAAUGAAUGCCUCUAUGGCUUUAGAGAGACAGCUAAAAAAUAUGGACAGCACUGUCACAGGCUUUGAAAAAAAGCUCAGCGAAGAUUCUGCCAUCCCAGACACACCCAGUGCCAUCCAGACCCGUACCCAAGAGACUCAGAGUUUAAAGAAAGAUGUUGCUGCCACUCAAAGUCAGAUGCAUAGGCUUAGCGAGGACCUAGAGACACUCAAGAAGCAGUGCAGUUCACUUGAGCAGGGUUACCAGGAGUACUGUCCUGAUAUACAAAGACAGGAAUCAGAGGUGAAGAACCUUCAAAGUCGAUAUGCCAAUGUGUGCAACCAGAUAAGCGAAAGAGAGAGGCUAUUACAAGAUGCUAGCAAAAAACACCAGGACUUUCAGAAUGUGAGCCAAUCACUGGAAUCCUUCUUAGAUAAUCUACCAAACAACAAGAUCAACUACAGGGAUGAUUUGGCUCAAAUCAAUGCAAAGCAGAACUCUCAGAAGAGGGUGGUAGAAGAUAUACGGAGGAAAGGUAAUGACAUGGACAGGGUGGUUGAUCUCUCCAAAGACUUCCAGAGUGUUCUCAAUGAAUAUGAUAUGAAUUGUGACACAUACAAAGCUACUCUUAAUGAUGCCCCCCUGACAAAUGCUAAAAGGCCUUACACCUCCACACUGGCUAGCUCUGUUGCAAAACAGGAAAAGGAUCUUAUGAACCGUUAUGCUGACACAACAGCUGAGAGUGACCAGUUACUGAAACAAAUGGAUUUAGCAAAGUGCAUCAUGGCUGAGAAUCAAGAAAAAGUACACAUGGUACAACAACAGCAGGUACAACAAAAAGCUUUUGAGGACACUGAAGGUCUUCAGAAAGAAUUAAAGGAGGAAAUGGCUAGACGUUCCAAUGUGGAGAAUAACCUUGGCACAAUAAAGAACAGAUAUUUGUCUUUGAAAAGCCGAAGAGGAGUAGAACGAAUUGAAGAGAAGGAAGUUUUGCAGUACUAUCGUGACCCAAAACUUGAGACCAGUGUGCAGGAAUUUUAUAAGACGAUUCACGAAGAAGCACUGAAACGUACCAAAACCCAAACUGAGAUUGAAGUGAUGACAAGAAAGAUCACUAGUCUAGAAAGUGAAAUUAAGAACACAAAGCCAAAGCUUGUGACUAGAGAGGUAACAGAGGUAGAGAAAGACCCUGGGUUGGAUGUAGAAGCCUCAAACCUUCGAGAAAGGAUUAGCAAGUUAAGGAACGAAAUUCGAGUUCAAGAACAAGAAAAGUCUCACCUGAAAACAGAAAUAACUAUUUUGGAGCAAAAGAAGCAGAACAUAAAAGAAAGGGUGGUGCAAAGGGAAGUGGUAAGACUGGAGAAAGACCCAGCAAUGUUAAAAGCUGUUCGAACAUUUGAGUUGGAGAUCUCAGAUGAAGGUCAGAGGAGCAAAUCUUUGAUGAGUGAAAUCUCCCAAACCAGGAGCCAGAUAAAUUCCCUGGAGAGGCUCAUUCCAACCUUAGAGCCAAAAGUUGUCACCAAGGAAAUUAAAACAGUUGAGCAGGCCCCUGGACUAGUAAGUGAGUCUAAAGACCUUCUGGCCAGAAUACAAGAGAUGAAAUUUGAGAACACGGAUCUCACGACUGCGCUCAGUAACAUUCAGUCACGCCAUAUCCAAAUACAACACAUCAAACCUAAAGUUGAAGUCAAAGAAAUUAUAAAUGAGAUCUUCAGAGUGUCCCCUGAGACAGAGGCAGAGAUGCAGCGUUUGAGGAGGGACCUUCAAGACAACAGCAGUCAGAGCUCAGACUAUGAAAGACAAAUCAGCAUGAUUAAAACUGAGAUUGGAGCUCUGCGAGCACAGAGACCUACGAUUGAGUAUAAAGAUGUACUUCAGGAGGUUGUAAAAGAGGAAAGAAGUCCAGAGAAUGUAAGAGAAAUACAGAAGCUCUCAGACCAUGUCUAUUCCCUACAAAGAACGUACAGUACUUUGCAGUCUGAGCUUAUGCAUCUACGAAAAGACAGAGACGAAUGGAAGGCUGAAAAGUCAAAGGUUGAGACCAAGAUUGUAACUAAUGAUGUAACCAAGUAUGUUGAUGACCCACUUCUGGAAAAAGAGGCAGAACGUCUCAGAAGAGAGGUUCGGGAUGAAACUCAGAGGCGAAGAACAACCGAGGAAAUGGUGUUUGAGCUUCAGAAUAAGUACAUUCAGCUUGAGAGACAAAAACCAGAGGAAAAAGUAAUCAUGCAGGAGGUGGUACGUCUACAAAAGGACCCAACACAAACCCUUCAUUAUGAGAGGCUUGGUAGGAGUUUAGAUGAAGAAGUCAAUAAUCGAAGAAAACUUGAGCUUGAGGUGCAGCAGAUGAGAUCAUUUAUAGAAGACAGGGAGAGAACGCUCAGGAGCAGCGAUGAAAGGCAAAGAAAGAUCCAGGUGGAAACUGAGUUGAGACUAAUCAAAUCUAGAAUCUAUGAGUUAGAAACUGCACCACCCCCCAUUGAAGAGAACAUAGUUAUAGAGGAAGUUUUGAAAGUUGAGAGAGAUCCAAAACUAGACAAAAUAACCAACAGCCUUCGAGCAGAUAUGGAUAAAGAGAGCAGUGACAUUAUGCGGUUUGAAAGAGACAUCAGAAAAAUGAAACUCGAGAUAGACAUCCUGCAGCGAGAGAAAUCAGUUGAGAAGACUGUCUAUAAAGAAGUUGUUCGUGUAGAAAAAGACCAGGCAGUGGAGGCAGAGCGGUCCAACCUUCGCGAACAGGUCCUUCAGCAGAGACAUGCCAGAGAAGACCUUGAGGACAAAAUUCACUAUCUAAAGGAGAAACAGCACCAACAACAAAGCAAACGAUCUAGCACUUCCACGGAGGAGACCAACCUAGUUCAUAAUCGAGACAAACUGCAAAAAGAAAAUGAAAACAUUCAGAGAGAGCUGAGAUCUUUUGAAUCUGAAAGGCAAAACAUCAGCAUUUCAUACCAACAGCAGUCUAGGCUGAUGAGUGAAAGAAGCCAAAUGAACAGGCACAGAAGCAUCAAAAUGGAGUCAGAUGUUACGAGGCUUGAAAGGCACAUUCUGGAUGAAAAGGACACAAUCUACAAGCGAGAAAAUAUAAUCAGGGAGCUAAAGAACAGUUUGAAGAAAGAGGAAUCCUCAGAGACUCACACAAAAGAGGUCAAUGUCUCCACGAAAAUUAGCAUCUUAGACCCAAUCACUGGUAAAGACAUGUCCCCAUAUGAUGCCUACAUGCAAGGCUUUAUUGAUCGCAGCCAGUACAUACAACUACAGGAACUAGAAUGUGACUGGGAGGAAAUCACUACAAUGGGACCCGAAGGUGAGAUAUCAGUUUUGCAAGAUCGCAAGAGUGGCAAGCAAUACCCCAUCAAAAAUGCCUUAAAAGAGGGCAGGGUGACUAAAUACCAACUACAACAAUACAAGGAUGGCAAAAUACCUAUCUCAGAGUUUGCUCUUCUUGUGGCUGGUGAAAAGAAACCUAUGUCAUACAUCCCAGUUAACAGCCAACCACCUCAACAGCCCAAAAAAGAGUUCCCUAUCUCCGGUGUGUAUGAUAAAAACACUGAUUCGUGUCUAAAUGUGCGCACUGCCUUAGCUCGAAAAAUGAUUGACACCAACACUGCCCAAAAGCUGCUGGAAGCCCAGGCAGCCACUGGUGGCAUUGUAGACAUCGCCAACAGCGUAAAAUAUUCUGUCCACAAAGCAGCUGAUCGAGGUCUUAUUGAGUCCAGCCAGCUACAACGGUUACUAAACGCCGAAAAGGCUUUUACUGGAGUUGAGGACCCUGUGACAAAAGAACGUCUGUCAGUCGGAGAGGCCGUUCAGAAAGGAUGGAUGCCCAAAGAGAAUGCCAUGCGUUACAUGGAGGCACAGUUUCUGACUGGUGGGUUGGUCAACCCAAACAUCGAAGGUAGAGUCAACAUUAUGGAUGCUGUCAAAUCUAAAAUGAUCAAUAGUACAAUGAUGAGAGAGCUUCAGGAAGAGAUCAACUAUGCCAAAGAGUUGAUUGAUCCUAUCACCAAGGAGAAGAUCAAUUACAAGCAAGCUUUGGCUCGUUCUAAUACUGACCCACUCUCAGGUCUAUUGAUGCUUCCAGCCACCUCCAACAAUUCUUUCUCUUCAUACUUUAGUCAUACAUAGCCGCUCAAUUAUAGAUAGCUACACUCUGUUUAUUUGAUUAUCUGUAGUUCAGUUUCCGCACAGUUCACUUUCUGCUUGGUCAAGAUAAAAAUAGUAACAUCUAAUCUCAUCUAUACUGUGCUACGAUUAUUUUAAAUAUCAGGUGCUAUUACAUCUGCCAAUUUGAUCACAUUACGUGGUCCAUAAGUCUGGACUACACCAUUGAUGUAAACAUCCCAUCAUCUGAUGUACUUGUGGUUACUAUAUUUUUUUAUGUUAUGGGGCAAAUAUUGUAUUUUAACAUAUACAGCAUAAGGAAUAUUCAUCAAUAAUGAAAUACAGAGAAAAUAUUUUUAUUUCCAUGGUAAGAUGGGCUAGAAGUGCAAGUUCUGAUCAGUCAUUUUACAUUUAAUUAUUUAUGUAUUUCCAUUAUCAACCUCUUAUAUUCUGAAACUACAAUAUGUGUUGAGGAUGAAUAAAAAUGAAAUAAAUUA